AAGGACUGGAGUUUACACUUGGAGAGGAGACAAGCGAGGAGGGAGGAUGACUGAGCUGCCGGUGCACUGAGAACCAGAGGACCACGAAGAAGUGAUAAGGCUCGUUCUGUAGCUUUGCAAACAACUCGCUUGACUUUGGAAUAAGGAUUAAAGGCAAGAACUUCACAUUUGGUCACAGUCUCCUAUUUGUAAUUCUGAAGAAAACCCAACCCAAGGGUGUCAUCAUGGGGGCAAAACUAUUAUUCCAAACCUGUCUGACCAUGGCACUGCUGCUACAAUUCUCCGAUGCUGGCCUGGUCAAACAGGUCAUCCGCCAUCGCAGAGAAACUCUGAUGCCCAAGAAAACUCAAGAAAACCUCACCUUACCUCACCCGGACCAGCCUGUAGUCUUCAACCACGUCUACAACAUCAACGUCCCCUCUACCUCCCUCUGCUCCGUGGACUUGGACACUCCGGGCGGGACAGAGCCAAAGCACAAGAGCGGACCGAUGGAUAUGCAAAACACAGAACACAUGGAGCACACAAUGGAUGGGGAGAAUCAGAUCGUUUUCACCCAUCGCAUCAACAUCCCCAAACAGGCGUGUGCGUGCGACAACCACCUGCCGGACCUGAAGGACAUCCUGAACAGACUGGAGAUGCUGGAGUCCGAGCUGUCCGCCCUGAGGGAGCAGUGUGGUAGUGGGUCUGGCUGUUGUGGAGCUCCGGUUACAGGUGAAGUGUCCACAAAGCCCUACUGUAAUGGCCGUGGGAACUGGAGCGCUGAAACCUGUAGCUGCAUCUGCGAACCAGGCUGGAGAGGACCCAACUGCACCGAACCUGAAUGUCCUAAUGAUUGCCAAGACCAGGGACGAUGCGUGGACGGGAAAUGCGAGUGUUUCGAUGGAUUCGGGGGAGAUGACUGCAGUAUCGAGCUUUGCCUCUUGGACUGCGGAGAGUACGGCCAUUGCGUUGACGGCUCCUGUCUUUGCGAGGAAGGAUUCAUCGGUGAAGACUGCUCCCAAACAAACUGCCUCAAUAACUGCUUGGGUCGUGGAAAAUGUGUAGAUGAAGAAUGCGUAUGUGAUGAACCAUGGACUGGAUUUGAUUGUUCCGAGCUUAUUUGUCCAAACGAUUGCUACGAUAGGGGGCGCUGCGUUAACGGAACAUGCUUUUGUGAUGAGGGUUUUACCGGAGAAGAUUGUGGUGAACUUACCUGUCCUGGAAAUUGUAACAACCGCGGAAUGUGCGUCAACGGUCAGUGUGUCUGCCAAACGGGAUACACCGGUGAAGAUUGCUCAAAGCUCACUUGCCCCAACAACUGCAAGGAAAGAGGUCAUUGCUUCAACGGAAAAUGCAUUUGUGAUCCCGGUUUUGAAGGCGCAGAUUGUUCCAUUUUAUCCUGCCCCGAUAAUUGCAGCAACAGGGGUCAGUGCGUGAACGGAGAAUGCGUGUGCGAUUUCGGAUUUGAAGGGGAAGACUGCAGCGAGAUUUCCUGCCCCAACAAUUGUCAAAACCGCGGACGCUGCGUUAACGGACAAUGCGUAUGCGAUAAGGGCUACGCAGGGGAGGACUGCAGUGUCAAAACGUGUCCCAAAGAUUGUCUUGGACGUGGGGAUUGCGUCGACGGGAAGUGCAUAUGCUUCUUAGGGUUCACCGGUAAAGACUGUGGCGAGUUGACGUGCCCGAAUGAUUGCAAUGAUCGCGGGCGUUGCGUCAAUGGACAAUGCGUUUGCCAUAAGGGCUUCAGUGGGGAGGACUGUAGUGAGAAGACCUGUCCCAAUAAUUGCCUGGACAGAGGGUACUGUGCGGAUGGAAACUGCGUCUGUUUUGAAGGGUUCACAGGACAUGACUGCUCAAUACUUACCUGUCCGGGAGACUGCCAGAACCAGGGGCGCUGCGAGAAUGGAGUGUGCGUCUGCGAUGAGGGAUUUAUUGGAGAAGAUUGCUCUGAAGUUUCUCCACCCAAGGACCUGACUACAACGGUGGUGAACCCAGAGACGGUGGACCUUUCCUGGGAGAAUGAGAUGCGCGUGAUGGAGUACCUGAUCACCUACGUCCCCACAGCUCUCGGAGGGCUAGAGAUGGACAUGAGGGUACCUGGAGACCAGAAGCAGGCUACGAUCCGUGAACUUGAACCAGGAAUAGAGUACCUGGUCAGUGUGUAUGCCAUCCUCAACAACAAGAAGAGUGUCCCUGUCAGCGCCCGGGUGGAGACAUACUUGCCUGAGCCUGAGGGGCUGAAGUUCAAGUCUGUGAGGGAGACGUCUGUGGAGGUGCAGUGGGACCCUCUCAACAUCCCUUUCGACGGAUGGAACCUUAUCUUCAGAAAUACUAAAGAGGAGGAUGGAGAGAUCACGAACUCUCUUGGCCGUCCGGAGACAACAUUCGAACAGUCAGGCCUGGGCCCGGGACAGGAGUAUGAGGUCAAGCUGGAGGUAGUGAAGAACAACAAGAGAGGACCACCCACCUCUAAGAACAUCGUCACCAAGAUUGACGCUCCAACGCAGGUCGAUGUCCGGGAUGUAACCGACACCACGGCUCUGGUGACCUGGUUCCAGCCCGUGGCCUCCAUAGAAGGGGUCACGAUCACUUACGGGCCCAGCUCCGAGCCCUCGGACCGCAGCGUGAUGGAGCUCCCCUCCACGGACACCCAGUACCACCUGGGAGGCCUGCUCCCCGACACUCACUAUGAGGUGUCGCUGUUGGCCCGCAGAGGAGAGCACAGCAGCAUCCCCGUCUACGAGUCCUUCCUCACAGACCUGGACGCACCUAAGGAACUGCAAACGGUGGAUGUGACUGACGAGAGCAUCACCCUGGAGUGGAAGAACAGCCAGGCUCAGGUGGACAAAUAUCGCAUCAAGUAUGGCCCCCUGUCCGGAGGAGACCACGGGGAGCUGCUGUUCAACCCCGGGCCCAAGGACACUACACAGGCCAAGAUCACCGGGCUGAGGCCGGGCACAGAGUAUGGGAUGGGAGUGACCGCAGUGAAGGACGAACGGGAGAGUCAACCGGCAACUACCAACGCUGUCACAGCCCUGGACGCCCCUAAAGACCUGGCCGUGACGGAGGUGAGCGAGACCUCGAUGACUCUGCAGUGGAAGCGCCCUGUGGCCAAAGUGGACUCGUACAAACUGAUGUACGUGUCUGCAGACGGACAGAAGGACGAGGCUGUGGUACUGUCUGGAAUCGAGACUCACACCUUUAGGAGCCUGACCCCUGGAAUGCUCUACACCAUCAAGAUCACCGCAGAGAGAGGGAGGAGGACCAGUGCACCUGCCACCGUCUCUGCACCCACAGAGGAGGAGAAGCCCGUCAUUACCAACGUGACGGUUAGUGAGGUGUCCUGGGACAGCUUCGUGCUGUCGUGGUGGGCGGAGGAUGGGGCGUUUGAGGGCUUCCUGGUGGAGCUGAGCGAUGCGGAGGCGGGCGCUGAGUGGCAGAACCACACAGUGCCUGGAGACGCACGCAGCCUCAGCCUAUCAGGACUCAGCCCCACCACCUGGUACAGGGCCACUCUGUACGGGCUCCACAAGGGGGCGCUUUUAGAGCCCGUGUUCGCAGACACCAUCACAGAAACCGAACCGGAAAUCCACAAUCUCCAAGUAUCGGACGUCACCCCUGAAAGUUUUAGGCUGUCCUGGGAGGCCGAAGACUACGCGUUUGAUACUUUUGUCAUUAUGAUAAGCCACGCAGAUGGUUCCUCAGAGCCCCAAGAACUGGUCUUAAGCGGAGACGAAAGGAAUGCAGAAUUUAACUACUUGAACGAAGACACCAAAUAUAACAUUGAAAUCUUUGGGCUUGUUUUGCAAAAGCGUUCCAAGUCUGUGAUGGGACAGGUUCGAACAGACCUGGGAGCUCCUAAAGGCAUCCGCUUCUCUGAUGUGACUGACACCUCUGCCAUUGUCCACUGGGCGGUGCCGAGAGCGCGCGUGGACAGCUACAGGGUCACCUAUGUACCUGUACACGGAGGUGCAAGUGCAAAGAUCCUGAGCGUGGAUGGGUUUGACUCCCACUCGGGGCUGCCCAACCUGACUCCAGGGGUCACGUAUGAGGUCACUGUGGUGGCCAUCAAAGGAGAAAGAGAGAGUGAGCCGGGGGCUGGCAGUGUGACUACAGCCCUGGACAAGCCUAGUGGUUUGAAUGCAGUGAACAUCACAGAUACAGAGGCUCUGCUGCUAUGGCAACCGGCCAUCGCCACUGUGGAUGGUUACGUCAUCACCUACAGUGCGGACUCAGUGGCGCCUGUGAUGGAGCGCGUCUCCGGUAAUGUGGUGGAGUUUGAGAUGUCGUCGCUGACCCCGGCCACUCACUACACAGUGAAAGUGUACGCAGUGAGGGACACAGCCAAGAGUGCAGCCACCACCACCGAGUUCACUACAGAUGUGGAUGCCCCUCAUGACCUGUUGGCCAGCAACAUCCAAACUGAGACAGCCCUGUUGACAUGGAAACCACCUCGCGCUGACAUCACCGGCUACAUCCUGACCUUUUUGUCCGAGGCAGAUGGCUCCAUACGCGAGGUGGUGCUGAGUCCCACUGCGGUCUCUUAUAACAUGGCCCAGUUGAGCGCCUCUACUGUUUACACGGUGAAACUGCAGGCUAUUGCUGGACCCAAGAGGAGCAAAGUCAUCACAACAGGCUUCACCACCACUGGUGUGCUGUACAGACAUCCUAAAGACUGCUCUCAGGCUCUGCUGAACGGAGACACGUCCUCAGGCCUGUACACUGUGUAUGUGGGAGGAGACGAGAGCCAGCCCCUUCAGGUGUACUGCGACAUGACCACAGACGGAGGCGGAUGGAUUGUUUUCCUGAGAAGGCAGAGCGGCAAAAUGGAGUUUUUCCGUAACUGGAAGAAUUACACCGCUGGAUUUGGAGACAUGAACGAUGAAUUCUGGCUGGGCUUGUCUAAUCUCCACAAGAUCACAGCGGGUGGACAGUACGAGCUCCGAGUGGACCUCCAAGACAAAGGAGAGACAGCCUACGCUCAGUACGACAAGUUCUCUGUGUCCGAGCCCCGAACCCGCUACAAGGUUCACGUGGGCGGGUACAGCGGUACAGCAGGUGACUCUAUGACGUACCAUCAUGGCCGCCCAUUCUCCACAUAUGACCAUGACAAUGACAUCGCUGUAACCAACUGUGCCCUGUCCUACAAGGGAGCCUUCUGGUACAAGAACUGUCACCGUGUCAACCUCAUGGGUCGCUAUGGAGACAACAGCCACAGCAAGGGCGUGAACUGGUUCCACUGGAAGGGCCACGAGCACUCCAUCGAAUUCGCCGAGAUGAAAAUCCGACCGUCCAACUUCAGAAACCUGGAGGGCAGGAGAAAACGAUCAUAAAGCACCCGUCUCAUCCGCAGAUAUCAACCACCACAAAUGAACAACAAAUCUGUCUUUACAACUAUACCCCAAAAUAAAAAAUAAAAAAAGAACUCACUCAAAACUCAACCAAAGUCACUGCCAAGAGCCCCGGCUGCCUCCAUUUGAAACAACUGGAUCUCCUCACACUGCCCUCGUGCUGUUUAGCAAGACAUUCCUCAUCCAGUGAUCUACUAUAGUACACGUCGUGGGAAAGCUGCCAGUGCGGACAUGCAUGCUACAAACUGGACUAUCUCGCGCCAAAGAGACACAACCCUGGCUUCUACCAUGUGUUUUGAACUGCAGCGUCAAUGGUGGAGCCCUAUGCAGUUCGGGCAUUAUGCUAACAACAUAUAGGCUGCAAGUUUGAUUUUAAGUGGAGGUUUACAGGCAAAAAGCACAUGUUUCUAAUACAAUAUAAAGGACUUGUCUAGGCAGAAUACAGAAAAAUAUAGACAGGUUAAUAAUACUUGUACAGAUUUAGAGAUAUUGGUCAGAUGGCACACGGACAUUGAAUCAUAAGAAAUGCCAUUUGUCUGUUGUGACAUGUUAUAUUCUCCCAUUGUCCCCAUGUUUACCAAGCAGGGCCAGUUUCACAAAGGGUAGUAGAAAUAGUGAAAUGUAGCUUUUGUACUUAAGUUGCAAUCAAUCAAUAUCUAUAUCAGUAGGUAGAGUUUGUUUUUUUGAAUUCAGUUGUGCAAAGUUGCAGUCUUGUGGAACACUUUUUUCUAUCAAAUCAAAGUCUUGGCUUAUUAAGUUAGCGAGACACUGCAUUUUUUUAUUUUUUUAAAUCAAUCUUUGAGCGAUAGUACAUUUUUCGGAGAUUAAAAGUGACAUAAAGGCAACCAAAAUAUAUAUUUAAAGUUACAAUGUAGCGAUUAGGAUAGAAAAUUACUAUUAAUUUAUUGUUAAUCUGUG